AUGAAUAUUCAAGAACCACCAAACGCCUCAAUUUGUUAUCCAACUUCAUUAAGUUUGUUACUUAAUGAUUGCGUUGAGCUCCUCUGGCGAGCCCAAAGCGAUAGACUUUCCAUAUCAAAGAAUAAUAAAGAAAAAGGGUUAUUGUUUCAAACAAUCAAAUGUCUAUUUAAUGCAAUUAUUGAAGUGGAUGGCGUUUUCGGGGUUUUGGUAUCAGAAGCUCCUGGUAAACGUUGCAUCAAGCGCGUUCUGUUUGACUUCAACAUGAUUGAGCAGAUUGAAUGGAAAAAACUACUAAAGGCCGAGGAUGUAAUUGCGGCUCUCGUGGAAAAAUGUUACGAACAUAACGAAAUCUCUCCAAAACUAUCUCAGGAGUUCUCUGUCUACAAGUCCUGUACAGAUUUGCUGAAAGUUUUUGAGAACCAUCAGAAUGCGAGAAAUGUCCAAUACCUCGAGAAAAAGUCUCUGCCACCUGAUUUGCAACAGAUGAUCGAGCUCAACAAUGAGGAACGUGAGAGCAGAUACCAAUUCCGAAAAAAAGCUAUCGAUAAUCCCACAGCCGAAUUCAACGACACUAUACUCUUAUCUACCCAACACAAGAAAAACCUUCUAACACUGGGGAUGGAACCACCUCAGAAAUCUUCAGCGAUUCGUAAUUUUUUGCUAACUCUUGAACAACGAAAGAUUAAUUCACUUAAAGGUUUAAUCGAUUUCUUUCCAUGCGGGAAUUGCCACAAGCAAGCUCUUAUUUAUUUCGCUCCUCACAAGUACUCUUCGUUUGUGGCAGAAUGUGAGCCUUCGGCACCACAACACAAUUUUUGUCUUCCAUUUGAAUUGGUUGAUAAAUUUGGACCAUGGUACAUUCUUCUUAGUGAAGACUCAGUUAGGGUAAUGAGAAUGUUAAAGAAGUCUUAUCUUGAGGCAAUUGGGAAAAGGCUCAUUCAAAUAUCAUCGGGAAAGUGGAAGAAACACGGCCUACUAUGUAACGUGUCUUCUUCCAAUAUUCCAGUUUAUGAAGUGGAGCUUUCUGAUUAUGGCGACCUGAAAAUUCUCUGGCAGGUCGACUAUGAUUUCUCUAUCCGCAACUAUUUGAACAAUCCACUCAUCAUAAUUUGGAUUAUUACUGCGAGCAAAGAGCAAAUUAAUAAAACGCUACAAAAUCUAGCGAAGAUUCAUCAGAGUUACACGAUCAGGCAUAAUCGCUAUUGCACAAUCCCAGAAAACAAGGCCGACGUUAUUUUACCAAGACAUUUCAUAUGUGAAAAGGAAACAAAAUCCACCUAUGACAAUUCAUCCGAUCUCAGGCUGGAUGAUGAAGAGCUAUUGGAAAAUUUAUUCAAGUCUUGUUAUCUGGGUGGCGCCGACUUCACUUUUCAGGUCUCCAAAGUUGAACAGGAGAUAAUACGCAAUCCAACGUCGUCAAUUGUUGUCGGAAGAUCAGGAACCGGAAAGACAACAUGCAUAGUUUUUAGACAAAUUGCUUCAUAUAUGGCAAAUCAACUAUCUAAAUCAACGUCAUUUCGUGGAAGUUCACACAAAAGGCAGAUAUUUAUUACAGUAAGUUACAAUCUAUGCCGUCGAGUGAAGGAGUAUUUUUAUAAGUUACGAGAGUCAGCGAGCCUUGUUGAAAAAGAGAUGUCAGAGGCCGAGAUAGAGGCGUACGAAAGGAAGAAAGGUGAUGGCAACAUUGAUUUGGUAGAUGAGGAUGCGAUGGAGGAGGAGAGUGGGGAGAAUGAGUCGGGAGAUAAGGAUAUGAUGGAGGAGGACGAUGAGGAAAAAGAGUUGGGAAAUAUCCCGAACUCAUUUCGUUUGUUAGAGGACCAUCACUUUCCAUUAUUUAUCACAUACAACAAGUUUUCCGAAAUGCUUCAGGGGACUUAUGGAAUCGAUAUUCGAAAGUUAACUACGCAACAAAGUUUUGAUGAUGAAGCCGAUGAUGACGUGUAUUAUAGUGAGGAAGAAAAAUUCCACCAUAAUUCCUCUUUCUUAAAUAGAUCCGACGCGUUGCGGACUCAUUUUGUUGACUAUGAUUGCUUUGAAGAAGAUUACUGGCCUCGUUUUAGAGAUGGCUUCAGAAAAAAACUAGAUUGUGAACUAGUCUACUCGGAAUUCUCUGUCAUAAAGGGUACAAAUACCGAAAUAGAUUAUCUUUCACGGGAAGAUUAUCGGGCCAUGAGCAUAAAAAAAUAUCCAACAUUUUGCAAUAAUCGGGACGAAAUUUAUGACAUAUUUAAGAAAUAUGAGAAGAUGAAGGCAUUAAAUGGCGAUUAUGACUCGGUAGACCGAACGUUAGCCAUAUUACGUGCAGCUGAAAAAAAGGCACUUGGCGGUCCAUACAUUCACGAAUUAUACAUCGACGAAUGUCAAGAUAACCAAAUCUUGGAUUUCUCACUUAUCUUGAAAAUCUUUGACGGAGCGGAAAGCAUUAUGAUGGCCGGUGAUAUAGCUCAAUGUAUUGCACGGGGAUCCUCUUUUCGAUUUCAAGACUUACGUGCCUUGAUGCAUAAGUGGGAGCUCGAUCAUCAUAUGCAUAAUGGUAUAAAAACUAAAUUGUUUGAGUUGAACGUUAACUACCGUUCCCAUAAUGGAAUUAUUCAACUUGCCUCCUCGGUGAUUGAUCUUAUUAAGCAAUUUUUUCCCGAUUCUAUUGAUCAUCUUUCACGCGAGCGCGGCGAGAUUGAUGGGCCACGACCUACUGUUUUCGUAGGAUUUCAGGUCGAACCAUUUCUUUCCGGCGUUUUUCGCACAGAAGAUCAAGAGACCAAUAGUAUUGAAUUUGGUGCUGAGCAAGUCAUUAUCGUACGUAAUGAUGAAACUAAAGAGCGUGUAAAAAGUUUACACAAAAACAUUGGAUUGAUAUUGACAGUGUUCGAGGCGAAGGGCAUGGAGUUUUGUGACGUGCUGUUAUAUAAUUUUUUCACAGACUCACCCGCACGUUCAAAGUGGCGGGUAAUACUCUCUGAUUUAGAAGGUUACUCCAAAGGAACCCCGAUUUUUUCUAACGAAAAGCACAAUAUAAUUUGCUCCGAGCUUAAAAACCUCUAUGUUGCCGUGACUAGAGCUCGACAUCGACUCUGGAUUUUGGAUGAUAAUUCAGAGCAGAGUGAACCAAUUCUAACAUAUUGGAAGCAUCACGAUUUGGUCAGCGUAAUCCCAAACACGGAAGGGCUCACGAAUCUAGCCUUAGCUAGGAAGAGCAAUCCUGAAGAGUGGAACGAGCGCGGAAAGACAUUUUUUGAGAGGAAACAAUAUGAACUGGCUAUCAUCUGUUUCGAAAAGAGUAAAGAUGAGAAGCGCCGAAGACUGGCCAAUGCGUAUCACCUUCGACAAAUUGCCAGAACAUCAAUAAGGAAUUUUGAUGACGAAACUGUAAAAUUAAAAUUCAUUCGUGCCGCUGAAGCUUUUAGGAAAUGCUCUCGGGUAGAGCAAGAAGCCUCGUGCUAUCAAGAUGCUGACAUGCAUGAAGAAGCAGGGGAUGUUUACGCCAGAGAGGGUAUGCUUGAGUCCGCGGCACAUUGUUACAAUAAAGCGAGAAAGUGGCGCAAGGCUGGCGAUUAUUUUGCAAAAGUAAAUAUGUAUAACGAAGCGAUAAAUUCAUAUAGAGGCGGCAAAUUAUACGAUGUUGCAAUCGAUUUUAUGAAAAGGCAAGAAAUAGACGAAAAGAUAUUCCAUCGCACGAUUCGUCUCAUAUACAUAUACAGUCGAAAGAAUAAUAAAGAUAUAAGCGAAGAAGCACUCUCUAUUCUUCCAACACAGGAAGAUCAAAUAGAAAUCCUAAGAGAUCAUGCGCCAGAGGAAGUACAAGAAGUCUAUAAGAAGAACGGUCAAUUCCAUGAAGCCGCAAAGGACCUGUGUUCACGUGGUAAAUUUGAAGAGGCUUCUAAUGAGUUCAUUCGAUCAAACGAAAAGGAUGACGUUAUAGAGUCAUUAAAGUGCAUUUUACAUCUAUGCCGAGAAAAUGUACUGAAGAACAUGACAGAAGAUCCAGAGGACUCAAAUACUCGAAAGGAACUGCAGAAUUUUGUAACGAAAGCAAAAAAUAUUAUCGAAUCUCAUUCAUCGGAAUUCGAGCGAUGGAGGGUUCUGACAAAAGAGAUCCAAUUGUAUUCAUCUUAUCUGAAGGGAGACCUUGAUGAAGUCCGCAAAGGAAUAUUGUUUUUCCAGGAAAGUAAAGAGCUUGUAACGGAAUUUCGUGCGGUGAACAUGUGGCUAAAGAUUUCCAUGCCAUCAAACAUUGAUGCUGAAUACUGGAAUGAACGAUUGCAAUUUCUGCUAAGAUUGUGUGAAUUAUCAUUUCCAUUUAUAGCCCCUUCUCGGGAUGCUAUAGGUAUUGAGAAAAACCGCGAGAAUUUUGAAGAGAUUUUUUUGGUAAACACGGUGGAGGAUCGCCCGAAUAAGCGGAAGAUUUCUUCCAACAAUCCACUUGCUAAUUUAAUAGACGAUAAUUUGGCUGAAAUAAACGAGUAUUGGCGCGUUUACGACACAAAUGUUGUAUACAGGGGUAUUGCACGACUCCUUGGCCCGUAUAUCUAUGAUCUCAUUUCUCAGGCUAGCCGUUAUGGUACUAAUAUUUCAGACAUAGCUUCGGAAAUAUGCGAAUAUGAAAAAAAAUGUUUAAAUAAAAGUUGCAGAAAACAUCAUGUGAAUCCAUCACCAUCAAUUCUGCAAAAGCGUUUAGGACUUGCAUGUCUCCAGUAUACUGUAAUGCGACAAUUAAGUGCGUUGAGCUUUCGCGGCUUGCUUAAUAAGGGUCAAGACAAAAUUCUUGGUCCACAAAGAUUUUGGGCUGAAAAAUUGAUUAAAAUUCAUUUUCGCUAUCAAUCCCCCCACACAAGUUGUCCAGAAAUCACCUAUAUGGCAAUUCAAGAACUUCCGGACAGUACAUAUGAUGGACUUAUCGAUCUCACUUACAAGUGUUGGCUAAACUGGGAUUUUCAUGUAGAGGACUUUGCAAACAUGUUAAAGUUUAUAUUAGUUUCGAUACAAUUACAGAACAUACGGGGUGUUGAAAAUUUUGAUUGGAAGGUAUCAAAAAUUUGGUUUCCUUAUCGUAAUAAUUGUCCGAAUGGUUUUAUCUGCAACGACAGGAGUAAAAUUUGUGAAUCAGUUGGAAAGCAACUUUCGACAUUCCUUUUAUCUAUUAAAUCUAAUCAAAAAUUACCCGCGAUUUCACAAGCGAAAUCAUUUAUUUUCUAUGCCGUCAACAAUUUAGAAAAAGUCAAUAUAUUCGCGAAUGAUUCUCAUGAUCCUCAUGAUUCUCUUGGUGAUCUUACAUCUAUUAUGGAGCUCACACUCUCUUUGAUUUUUUCUGCUCAUCCUGCGUAUUUUGACUUUCUCCUUCCCAAAGGAUAUUUGAUUAAUUAUUUCUAUUCUUUUGAUGCGACGCCACUCCUUCCAGAACAACACUAUAACGAAAAAGGCAGAUACUUUGGAGGACUUAAAAAUAUCUUUCAUCAAACGAAAACGCUCAUCAAUAAGUUGAUCUACAAGAAACCAUUUUAUCCGGAAAUUAUCCUCCGACUAUUACGACUUUUGGUUCUUAUCGGCCUGAAUGAGUCCAAACUUAAUUUUAUGAUCAUAAACUAUUUUAAAAGUCUAUCUGACCAACUUCUCUCGAUGAAGUUCAAAAAAUAUCUAAAUGAGAGUAGAAAUUAUAAACUUGCGGAAAUCCUGAACAAUGAUCUCAAAAAGAAUGGCUGCGACUCUCUUCUCAUCCUCCACUACAACUGGGGAGGAAAAUCAAAAUUUGCCGAAUGGGAGAAAUUUGGAAUAUCGAGAAUAUCAUAUAGUUCUGUUGAUGAAUUUCGCUCUUCUCUUCAAAAAGUAAUGGCGUUAGAAAUCACUAGAAAUAAGCCCGAGACUCCGGCCGUUGAGAUUAAUUCCUGGAUCCGUCAAAUUUAUGAAUCUCCUCGAGCUCAAGAAGCAGCUAGAAGGAUUCAAACCUGGUUCCGAAAGACAAAGGAUCGAGAAAAGUAUUAUAAGUCUCACCGCGAUCCGAUCGAACAUGAAACUUACAAUAAUAUGAUUAGGUUUUGCCAAGAUAUGGAAAAAGAAAAAGGGAAAGUUGCCGUAUACAAAUAUAACAUUUGUUUAAGAGUUCAUACAGUAGACAUGAUUGUGGAACUGAUUCAAAUACGAGACAAAAUGGAUAAAAUAAAGAACAAAUUAAGUAAAGCGAUCGAAAAAUUUUCAGAUUCGGGUGACGAUAAGGCUGAAGAAUGUUUUGAUCUGAAGGAAGAACUGAGAUGCGACCAUUACGAGAAUGUUAAAAUUGCAUUGAGUACGUUAUCAAUAUCAGAAAACUCAAAGAAACACAGGGAAGCAGAUGUCAGGUGGCUAGAAAGGGAGUUGGAGCAAGCAAGAGAUACCAUUGAUAAUGUUAGUGAUUGGAUUGAUAGAUGCAAAAAUAUCAUAAAGUUCUAA